GGCGGCCGAGAGGCGACCGAGGCGGACCCGGGCUUAUCCGACUGUUUUCAGCAGCUCAAUGGCCUCCCCGAAGAAGAAACUUCAAGGUCUUGUUGCUGCAACCAUCACGCCGAUGACCGAGCAUGGAGAAAUCAACCUUUCAGUCAUUGGUCGGUAUGUGGACUAUCUUGUGGAAGAACAGGGAGUGAAGAAUAUUUUUGUGAAUGGCACAACGGGAGAAGGCCUGUCCCUGAGCAUCUCAGAGCGACGCCAAGUCGCAGAGGAAUGGAUGACAAAAGGGCGGAACAAAUUGGAUCAGAUAGUAAUUCACGUAGGAGCACUGAGCUUGAAGGAGUCACAAGAACUGGCCCGGCAUGCAGCAGAAAUAGGAGCCGAUGGCAUUGCUGUCAUCGCACCUUUCUUUCUCAAGCCAUGGAACAAAGAUGUCUUGAUUAAUUUCCUAAAGGAAGUGGCUGCUGCCGCCCCGGCAUUGCCAUUUUAUUACUAUCACAUUCCCGCCUUGACAGGAGUGAAGAUUCGUGCUGAGGAAUUGUUGGACGGGAUUCAGGAGAAGAUCCCCACCUUCCAAGGGCUGAAGUUCAGUGACACAGAUCUCUUAGACUUCGGGCAAUGUGUGGAUCAGAAUCGCGAGCAGCAGUUUGCUUUCCUUUUUGGGGUGGAUGAGCAACUACUGAGUGCCCUGGUGAUGGGAGCUACUGGAGCUGUGGGCAGUACCUACAACUACCUGGGAAAAAAGACAAACCAGAUGUUGGAGGCUUUUGAACAAAAGGACUUCUCUUCAGCCCUGAACCAUCAGUUUUGCAUUCAGAGAUUUAUCAACUUUGUGCUCAAACUUGAAAAGAAAACCAAUUAGAAGUGCCAAGAGAAACAAAGAAAUGAAGAAAAUGUGGUACAAAUAAUGUAAUGAUUUUGAAUAAUUCACAGUGUUAAAAAAAUUAAAGUCCAUUUUAUCUUUGAAAAAAAAAUAAGUGCCGGGUUCUCAUGUGUGAGCAGAUGUUGGAUGAGGCCCUGUAGGCCAAAAACAUGCCUUUGGUGUGAGGGACAGAUCUCCUCUCACCCAUCAGCAAACACACGUAGCAAAGUUAUCUUUGAAGUCCUAGAAGUGGGCUCCCAGUGGGGGGCAGGCACAUCAGUCUGAGUGGUGUAUAGUCCAAGUCCAGUGGGGCCCAUUUAAGGUCCCCCUGCCUCGGACAGGAGGAAGUGGCAGGAUGACCACAUACAGCAUUCCUGGGAAUUCUUGGACUGCAGUGAAAUGAAGUGAUCCACAUCAGGGCUGAGUGAAUGGGCACAUCUAAAGCAUCUCUUACUAAGAGCUGCAGGUCCUAUUCACAAGCUGAGGUGGUCUUCAGGUUGCAGUUGCUAUCUGGACUCCCCCAGACAUUGACCCAAUUAAUAUCAUCCUGUCUUUUCCCUAAGGAAAUAACCAUGGUCAGCUUGGAGGUCCAAGUUUGAGCAGCCCUCCUGAAUUACCCACUGAGUGUCCUCCACCUUUUCCUCUCUCCCUUGUUGUACAGAACUGCAGUAUCUCCAGGUCUUCCUUCAUGAUUCCUCAGUAUGGCCAGAGGAAAGUGCUGGAGGGUGGGGGUGCAGAAGAGAGACUGACUCCCACAGAGCGGUGAGGGAGGUGUCUCUGCAUCCUUUUGACUUCAUCUGGGAUUAGAAUACUGGGAAGGAGCCAGGCAGGUAAAGAGCAUCAGAGGGCACAUUCCAGGUGGUAGAAGCCACAGAUCUGACAAUUCUAAGCCACAGAAGAGUCUGGAGUGUGAAGAUCUGAACAGAAGCCAGUGGGCCAGAAUUCAGACACAAGGGAAAGAACAGGAAGGAAAAGAGUUCAAAGGCCUGGAAGGAGCUGGGUCCCAUAAGGCCUUGUAAGUCAUAGGAGUGUUAACCAAAGGUGUCAUUCUGUAAGAAAAAUCGGUUAUGGAAAUGGUGCAGAAGAAAGAAAAAUUUACGAUAAGUCUUCAUUACAUUGAAGUUUAUAUACAACUAUAUAUCUUGUUACAAAUUAUUGUUGUUAAUUAUAUAAACUUAUUUUGUGGGAAAAUUGAUAUGUUUUUCUAUCUGGAAUUUUUUGUUUUUUAUGGUUUGGUUAAUAUGCAUCAUGAUUUUCUGGUUAAAA